AUGGAAGCUCGCAUCGGCUGAUUUUUGACAAGACCCUCCAAGUUCGUCAACUCAACGUCGUCGAACCUCAUGGAAUAUUCCUUCUGCGAGGCGGUCACAGCAAUAAAGAAGGGAAAAUUUAUGUAUUCAGGCUGUCUCAGAUCGAAUCAAUAUCUGAUCCCAAGAGUCGCAUGGAUAUUAAGGACCACCGAUUAGACCGCACAAGAGGCACCAAUCUCUACACUAUUUCAAGGCCAGGAGGAGCGAGACUACGAAUGUGUGUAUGUAUAGGCAAGAAACUUUUGAUGUUCCAAUGGAAACAUUCGGCUGCUUGGACAGCAUGGUGCCCUUCGAGUGAUACUGAUACGGUGGAAGGUUUCACUUUUCUGUGGGAACUCAAUCUCAAUGAAACACCAACAAUGGUCACCAUUCUUGACAGCGGUUGGAGCCCCAAUUCUCCAACGCAUGGAGACACACUCGUUUGCGUUGGAUACAAAAACCACUGGGACAUUGUGAAUGGAAGAACGGGUCAGGCUCAACAUUUGCACACCGUUGAAAGCAACAAAGCUCAUCUUGUUGCCGCCCUGGAUCUGUAUGAAGACCAGGAGAUUCAGUUGCUCCUAUGCUAUAACCAUACGUGCCAUUUCCAAAAAAUCAAUGGUUCAACCCCUUCUUCGACAAACUUCGACUUCCACUGGAAUUCAGUUCCUACGGAUAUCGUGUGUGCAUUUCCAUAUGUUAUUGCCUUCACUCAAAAUUCAAUGGAAAUUAGGCUGAUAGUCAACGGAAAUCUCAUACACACAAUGACCAUGCCCAAAUUGCAGCUCAUAGCUUCAAAAAAUGAUAUAUUUUUCGCCACAACUGCACCAGAAUUCUUUCCGAAUAAAACAGAUAGACUCGUCGUCGAUGUGAGACAACAGGAUUUGCAAAAGUCUCCGCCUUCUAGUCCAAAUGCCUCGCCAGAAGUUCGACCACUGAGAAUCUACCGAAUCCCGAUCCACGCCCUCAGCAGGACAGUAAAUAACGACAACUGCCUCGCCAGCUGUUCGCCGUCCACCUGGAAGUCGGCGGAUUCCAAACUGACCGUUCCCACUUCAGCGUCGCGCGUUUCAAGAAGCGCGACCAGCUCGCCAGUGCCUCCCAAAGGAAAACACAUCCAGGCGACCACUGUCAAAUGAUGAUUGCAGCACCGCUCCUUUUUGUCGCAUUAGACUAGUGUUUCAUAUGUUUGGUUUUAUGGAAAAUGUGAAGGUGUCCUAUUUAUUUUUUUGCAGGGUCAUUCCUUGUUGAAUCAACACACACUUUCUCAUAUUUUUAUCAAACUUGAACAGAUUGAGAAAUAUACAGUGAAAUGGUAGCACCCUUAGAAAGACACAUCGAUUACAUGAAGCGAUUGAAAUAGUUUUUCAUUGAAAAAGAAAGGAAGUAAUUUUCAGACAUCUGUAUCUGUAGA